AUGGGCGGCUUUUAUGGAGAGGCAAAGAAGGUGAUGGACGCCCUGGAUGAUCUGCGACAGAUCCACCCGUUUGUUAGUGUGGCUAUAAUCGCUUUCAAGGCUGUGGUGAAUCUUGAACUGACGCGAAGAGAAAAUGAUCAUACAGUUGGUUUGAUGCUCGUAAAGGCAUUUGAUAUGAUGAACAUUCUUCUUCAACUUAAGGACACUAAAGAUCCUGACAUUGUAGGACCUCGCGGCAGAAUUCGGGGUCGACUGGAUAGUAUCUUGGACCACAUCAAGGCGGAUGUCGAGACUUGCGGAAAUGCCAUUGACAAAUACUACAAGUUGAAGUUCAUAGUGAAAUUCUUCAGAUCAUCCCACUGGGCGAGUGAGUUCCUCACGAUUAGCGGAAAAUUUGCCCAUCGUAUGCAGGAGCUCCGAGACGCCUUGGCUAUCAGGACGGCGUUGGGAGUCGACAUCGUGAUCAAAAAGCUGGAGGAACUCACCAAGACGCUAUUGAAAAUAGCCAAGCUACAGGAAGAACGUCCACAGAAUCAAGCAUACUCUGAUGAUGCUCCAUCUAAAGCUGCAACACAGAAUUCGACGCUGUCACUCACUGCAUCCCAAUCGAUCGUCAAGCCUCUUUCACAAACCCCAUCAGCAAGCGGAUCGGUCGCGGGGCGGUACCGCCUUGAAGCCUCGCUGCUUCACGAUCUGCGCACUCCUUUAAGCAGCUUACUCGACGAAAAUCGCGCGCUCUUCACGUUCAAACUUGAUACACAGACAGAUUGCAUCAGAGGCGCUAUCACGGAUGCUGAAAAACGCAUUAUAUGGGCCUUCAAUAACAUAUUUUUACGGGUCAAGGAUCUGCACCUCCAAUAUAUCUGGAAAGAGAUGAAAUGGACAACAAGUGUUAAAACAUUGUACUUCAUCGCGGAACUCCAUGACUAUUACAUGCAGGGUUUCUCCUACCUAUAUCAAGAUGCUACUGCCCUCUCCGACCCCGAAAAAGAAGCUCUUUCAAAAGAUGAUGACAAAUACGUCAUUAAGCCUCCUCCAAUCGACCCUGCAGACGAGUGGUGCUUGAGAUAUCUGUCAGUUUUCUACAUUCCAAGUUUAUCCGACGGCUUCGACGACGAUGCAAACGGCUUGGUCAGCAUAAGGGAAGUUAACGCCUUUACUUCCGCGAUACCUUCGGGCUGGAGUCUAGCUCAAGGACUUGCAUACUGUGCUGCAGGUGAGGAUUUAAUGGAUAGCCACUAUUACCACGCACGAAUCGAACAGGUGUUGAACAGCAUGGUUUAUGCACAGGAAGAUGUACUUCCAGUAAACAGGACGUGUGUCGGCUUGUACUUGGAUUCAUAUAUCAUCCAUGGUUUGGCCUUGGAUCCUGAGGACUCGGACUUAGAUCUUGCGCAAUUGGUUGAUGGAUGUCGCAAUGUUCGCGAGAAGGAAUUGAUGAAGAAACUUGACGUUGUGAAAUACGAAAUCGACUCCAAAGAUUCCGUCAAACUUUUCGGAUCCGGUCGCAUCGAAGAUUUCUUGCUGCCGGUACUUUACCUCGUUAUAAAGAGGCAUUUGCAAAUCAUGAGACUUGCCAGUACAGUAAUUCUGGUGGAUAGAGAGCUGGAAUGUGCUACUCAAACUAUAGCCAACAUACUAGAAGCGGUGGGUCUACGUGUUGAACAACUGGCAGGUGCGCUCCCAAACCCACAAUUGUGA